UCGGUUAAAUCAAGAAUAAGUGCUUUCAUUUCUCUCGAUCCCUUCUUUUCUUUGCAUCUCUUCUCAAAAGCCUCCCUUCAACGAGGCCCAUACGAGAGACACCUUGGCGCAUACAAGACAGAGGCCGGCCCCAAAGUUGGUUUUUGAGGCUAAGAUAUGGAUUUAUAGAGACCCUGUUGAGGGAAUUUGAUUUUGGAGUGGAGAAUUGGAAGUGUGCUUUUUGUUGUUUCGGAGAAUGUGGGUACUGUGGACGUGUUUGUUUUAAUUUUGUGUGCUCAAGUGGCUGUAAAGGAAGAGGUUUUUGUUUGAUUGCAUAGAAUGGCUGAUGCAGCUGGGUUAAUGGAGGCCGCUGGGGCUAGAUUUAGUUCGUUGGAGUUGAUCGGGAGAGGAUCGUUUGGCGAUGUUUAUAAAGCGUUUGAUAAGGAGCUUAACAAAGAAGUUGCUAUCCAAGUUAUUGAUUUGGAAGAAUCUGAGGAUGAAAUUGAAGACAUUCAAAAGGAAAUUUCUGUUUUGCGCCAAUGCCGAUCUCCAUACAUCACGGAGUACUAUGGAUCCUAUCUUCACCAGACGAAACUAUGGAUAAUUAUGGAGUACAUGGCUGGUGGAUCUGUUGCUGACCUACUGCAGUCAGGUCCUCCACUGGAUGAAAUGUCAAUUGCUUGUAUUUUACGGGACUUGCUGCAUGCUAUUGAAUAUUUACAUAAUGAAGGAAAAAUUCACAGAGAUAUUAAAGCUGCUAACAUAUUGUUGAGCGAGAAUGGUGAUGUUAAGGUUGCAGAUUUUGGCGUUUCUGCACAGUUAACAGGAACAAUAUCGAGGAGAAAGACUUUUGUAGGAACACCAUUCUGGAUGGCUCCAGAGGUGAUUCAGAAUUCAGAAGGAUACAAUGUGAAGGCAGAUAUUUGGUCUCUAGGGAUAACUGCUAUUGAGAUGGCAAAAGGGGAACCUCCACUUGCUGAUCUUCAUCCUAUGAGGGUUCUCUUUAUCAUACCUCGAGAAAAUCCACCACAGCUGGAUGAACACUUUUCUCGUCCUAUGAAAGAGUUCGUCUCGUUCUGUUUAAAGAAAGUUCCUGCCGAGAGGCCAACUGCUAAGGAACUUCUAAGGCAUCGGUUUAUUAGAAAUGCUAGAAAGAGCCCAAGGCUUUUGGAAAGAAUAAGAGAGCGUCCAAUGUACCAGAUAAAGGAUGCAGAAACCCCCAGAAAUGGUCCUAUAGGAAUAGGGGAAGGUUUUGAUACUGUGAAGGUUGUAAGAGAGUUGAAGGCUGAUGGAACUGUUCGAGCCAGCGGUCAGGGAAAGCCCUUCAAAAAUGCUGGAUGGGACUUCAGCAUUGGUGGAUCACAGGCUACAGGAACAGUUAGAAGUGCUGCAAGACCACCGCAGGUUAGAGAAAAGAAAACAGAUAUUUCAUACAAUAAGGAUACCCAAAGAAGAGCUUCAGAGAGUGGUAAUCAUUUGUUGUCUGCAUCUGGAAAUGCACUUCAGGAAUCACUGGAAUUAUCCUAUGGUAAAGAUGCUAGGGAUCGAUAUCGUGAUGAUCAUCAGGAUAAUUCCUAUGAUGAUGAUGAUUUGUCCUUGAGUGGAUCAGGAACUGUUGUCAUACGGACUCCUAAAGGAUAUCAGUCAUCUGCCUUGUUUCGAGAUCAAAACAAUGCGUCUAGCAGCACAUCAACUACUUUUGAAGAUGCUUCUACCAGUGGAACAGUUGUUUUCCGUGGCCAACAUGAUGAAUCUGACUCUCCUCGGACUCAUAAAUCCAUAUUAGGAAUGCAAGAGAGAAGUUCAAGUUCUUCACUGGAGGACAGUGCUCUAAAUCUUGCCGAGGCAAGGGCUGCGUUUCAAGGAGGGUUGAGGAAAGGAAAUGCUAGAGAAAGGUUUGUACCAAGCAAUAAUAAUAGAUAUGGGCUGGAGAACAGAAGAAGAGAGCAAUUGACAAACAGCUCUGAUUCUUCCAGAAGUUCUCCUGAAUACUUCGAUGCACCAAAAGCUUUUCCAAGAUCACAGCAAGCCAGCGAUGUUGAAGAAAGUGCAAGAAUAGCAUCAGCAUCUUUGUCAGUUUUGCUUAUCCCAUCCUUAAAAGAGGCUGUUGCUGAUGAUUCAGAAAGAGCACUUUUUCAUGCAGUCACAAAUUCGCUUGUAAAUAUGGAGCGGGUAAAGCCUGGAUCUUGUGAUAUCUUUGUCAGAAGUUUGCUUCAGCAGUUGGCAAGUUCGAAAGAAUCUUCACUGAGAGAUCUGCAGGAGCUUGCAGCUCGCCUAUUAAGCAAGGGCGAGACAACCCCUGAAGAAACACAAAAUGGAAAUACAAAUGCUGAUAGCAGGAAAAAGCAACCGACCAAGGAAUUUAAUUCAAAUGCCAAUUUAAGUCCUCUUGCGAGAUUUCUGCUCUCAAGAUGGCAAGGCCAAGUUUCACGAGAUGUCAAUCCAACUUGAAAACUUAAAAAGGAAGAGCUUGGAGGGAGGCUGAGUACAUCUUCUAUCUUUUUGUAGUGUGUUACCUGUUUAUGCAUUCUUUCAGAUUUGAUGUACAUAUCAUUGUAAGAAAAUGUGCAUCUAUAAUAUUUCUAUUAUGAUCAUUUGCCCUUUUCAUGGUCUCUUAAUCGUAGCAGCAGAAUUGGUGUAUAAUUAGGGGUGUGAGUUUGUUUUUGCUAUAUGAAUUAAUCAGUGUAAUUUUAGGAACCUUAGUUGUAUUUAUCAUCAUAUUCUAGUCGAAAUUUUGUCCCAAAUGUUUGAAUCAAGUUUUAGUGUCUCAUUCCAA